AUGAGUGUCGCUCCGGCGAUAGAAGACCAAACGUCGCCGGCUGGUGGUGCUUUGAAUUCAUGGCUCAAAGCCAAUGCUGGUCGUGUAGAAGUUCUGGAUAAAACAACGAUGUGUCUUGGAGCGGCACAGGGAACGGAAUACUUACAUUAUAACCGCUGUAUGCACAGAGAUUUGGCUGCUCGGAAUUGUCUUAUCACUCAAGACAAAGUAGUGAAAAUAAGUGACUUCGGCUUAUCUCGUAUGGGAACACAUUACCAAAUUCGCACGGCCAUGAGGCUUCCCAUCAAAUGGCUGGCCCCAGAAACGAUCACUACCUUUUCAUUUUCAUUGAAAACAGAUGUCUUCAGUUUUGGCGUUGUCGUUUACGAAAUCUUUUCCGAUGGAGCCGAACCAUGGGAAGGCAAAACCAACGCUGAAGUGAAAGUCAAUAUCACCAAUGGCGAAUUCCUUACACUGCCAGAUUGCGUUCCUGAAUACCUUCGAACGUUCAUUGAUGAAAGGAGUUUUUGUAAAAGAUCCCAUAGAAAGAGCUGA